UGGUCAGUGUGACAGUGGUUGUGAUACGGUCACCACGUUUAUAAAGCGGAAAUAUCGAACAUGAGUUUAAGCCGGUUGCGCGUGCGCACUCCUUCGCCGAAAACGGUCACGUUCAGUGACGACGCUCCGCCCACAACUCUUAAACAGGUCAAAAUUAUACUGAACUUCAAAAAUCAGGCGGAAUGGGAAAGAUACAUAGAUACCCUUUUGGCAGAUUUGCAAAAUACGGUUUGCCCCCCAGGAUCUAGCGGUACAACAGCGGGUUAUGGUUCACUUAAUGGCCCAAAAACUCGUUCAUCCCCUGCACCAGAAUACCGCCAGUUUGCUAGUGCCGGCGACUACCAUUCCACCCCAAAAAUAGAUUCGUACGAGACAAGAUCGGGACAGGGUACUUAUGGUAAAACGCAACCAACAGCUGCUAGUCAAAAGCUUAUGAGUAGUAGGCAACCCACUUACAGCAAUUCAACAUAUGAUAGGCAACCACCUCGAACAGCAGGCACAACAGGACCGUAUGGUGAAAAACGAUUUAACAACAAUUUGAACGAGUUGGACACAUUAUUGAAAGAUUUAAGCAAUGGAACGUAUGCAAACACGACAGAAAUACCAGUUAAAGUUGAGAAACACAAUUAUUCAUAUAAUGGCUCCGACGGUGGUAGUAAAAGUCCUGCAAGCUAUUCGAGACCAUCGAGUGCUCAAAGUACCUUGAAUAGACCAUCAGUUGACAGUCUUUUAGACGAAUUAAAUGCAGGUGAAGUGAUUUAUACGGGACCCAAAAAGGUAACGAUCACUGUCAAAGAAACCAGAACCGAAACUGGAUUUCCGGCCGAAACUGAGCUUAUUUCAACAGAAGUGACAGCAACACAUGCUCCAGCAGCUUCUUCAGCCACCAGGGAAUUAGACGACUUAAUGGCAACCCUUUCUGAUUGCAAGAUAAAUUCAGGAGGUCUACAACAUCAGACCAUAUCUGAUUCCCAAUACGCACGUCCCACGAAGGCGUCCCAUUCAUCCGAGAACAACUUAGAUUCUAUGCUUGGAAACCUGCAGGCAGACAUGAGCCGUCAAGGAGUUAACACAGACCAGAAAGGUUGCUGCGGAGCCUGCGAAAAACCCAUCGUCGGUCAAGUUAUAACUGCACUGGGUAAAACAUGGCACCCAGAGCAUUUCACCUGUGCCCAUUGCACUCAAGAAUUGGGUACCAGGAACUUCUUUGAACGGGAUGGAAAACCAUAUUGUGAACCAGAUUACCACAAUCUCUUCAGUCCCCGUUGUGCUUAUUGUAACGGACCCAUUUUGGAUAAAUGCGUAACAGCUUUGGAUAAGACAUGGCAUAUGGAGCAUUUCUUCUGCGCCCAAUGUGGGAAACAGUUCGGCGAAGAAGGGUUCCACGAGAGGGAGGGCAAGCCCUACUGUAAGGACGAUUACUUCGACAUGUUCGCCCCAAAAUGCGGUGCGUGCAGCAGGGCUAUUAUGGAAAAUUACAUAUCGGCGCUUAAUGCACAGUGGCACCCCGACUGCUUCGUUUGCAGGGAUUGCAGACAACCUUUCUACGGGGGUUCAUUUUUCGAUCAUGAUGGACAACCCUAUUGUGAGACCCAUUAUCACUCGAAAAGGGGAUCGUUGUGCGCUGGAUGCCAUAAACCCAUAACAGGACGUUGUAUAACGGCAAUGUUCAGGAAAUUCCAUCCUGAACAUUUCGUUUGCGCUUUCUGUUUAAAGCAGCUUAACAAGGGCACCUUCAAAGAGCAAAACGACAAACCUUAUUGCCACAGUUGUUUUGAAAAACUAUUCGGAUAGAUUAAUAAGUUAGAUAACUCGAGUUUGCCAAGUAUUUAACCCACUUUACUUACUACCUAAUAUUGACGAAUGCGUAAAUAGUUUCAUUUGAACGUUUUUUUAAUACUUAGACAUGGCAGCUAGCUGUUAGGGAAAAGAUAGUCAGGUAUUCAAAUAAGGAUGUGAAAAAAAAGCGGUUUACUUUUCAAACGUUGCUCGACGUAUAUAGUAAAUCUGUAUUUUUGUAUAAGUUACACAAUUUUUGAUUUAAUUAAUUCAGUAACAUCCCGCAUUGCAAAGAAAUAGGACUGAAGUGUAAUUCUCUUGCCAUUCCGAUAGUAUUUCUUGAAAGUAUAGAUACAGUAGAGGGUGAUUUGUCAAUUAAAUUACAUUCAUGUCGUAAACUGAUAAACAUUCAAAAUUAAUUAAAAAAGAGAUUAAAUGUGGAAGUGUUUGAAUUGAAUUUGCAAUAGAAUCAGUAAAUUAUAUGUGAUUGAUUAAAGUUUUGCGAUUUCAUCAUAUUUUAAUACGAUUAAAUUUUAUAGUUAAUUUUUUUUGUUUGUUAUUUAACUAACUGU